AUGGCAAGAACAAAAGAAUCAGCAAGAAAGACAGCAAACAUGACUGGAGGUAAAGCACCAAGAAAACAACUAGCUACUAAGGCAGCACGUAAGACAUCAGUGUCUGCUAGUGGUGCACACAAGAGAUUUAGAAGGAAGCCAAACUCAGUCGCCAUCAGACAGAUCAGACUUUACCAAAGCAGUGGUAACACAUUAAUUAGAAAGCAGCCAUUCCAGAGAUUGUGUAGAGGAUUAUGCCAAGAACUUGGAUCAUCAUUUGUAUGUAGAUGGAAGUCUACUGCCUUGUUGACUAUUCAUGAUGCUAUUGAGACUGUUCUUACAUCUAUACUUGAAGAUGCUUUGUUAUGUACUAAGCAUGCUGGUAGAGUCACAAUCAUGCCUAAAGACAUUAUCUUGGCAGUUAAACUUAGAAAUAGAUGUAAUAAUGGUAUUCAGUUGCCUGAAUAA